AUGUCCAAGUCAAAGUAUAGUUUGAAAGAAGCGUUCGACGAUCUUAAUAACAUUCUUAGCACAAAAUCAGUAGGAUGUGAGAAGAAAAAACGUGGAAGACCAUCAAAGAAAGGGAGUUCUAUUGCUUCUAAAGAAUUACAGAAGACACUUCAAAAGUUAUUAAAAAUAUUAGAAGAUGAGCUCUCGAGACCAAAUCUCUUUUAUGAUACCAAUACGACUAUUUAUCAGCAAGCUAUAGAUGGCUUGGGAUAUUUGCUUCAUGAAUACAAAGAUAAUAAAGAUGUCGCAAAGAAAUCAAGAGACAUAUUGUGCCACAUCGCUUUAAUAGUUAUUAAUAGCGGUUUGCUUGAAAAUGGUCAAGAAGAUGAUUGGGUGAAAAUUGUACUUGAAGCUCUUUCUCUGAUUGAGAAAUUUGUUCAGCAAGAUAGCGCAGGUAACGUAUUCUAUUCUCUGAAUAUCGAUGUGAUCAUUUUUGAUAAACCAAAUAAAUCUAUAUCAAAUUUUACAAGAUCGAGAGACAUUGGGGAAACUUUGUCUCAAAAUUCUUUCACAAGCGUUGCUAAAACCAACCUUCCCAAUCGAUAUCAGAAGAAUGGUACGGAAGCAGCAAAUGUUAUCAAUGCCCUUUUGACGGGAUGCAAAGAAAAUAAAAAGCUGUUAAGUCAGGAACACUCUGAUCUUGCUUCCUCUAUGAUAUCUGCGUUAGAUUAUGAACUUCAACUUCGCCAUCUUGAGAUCCUUUUCAGGUUAUGUCCAAGAGUGCAAAAAGAUCGAGAAAAUUUUGCAACUAAGGCAUUUAUGGAUCAAGCAGUUGUAACAAAAUUUCUUAGUAUUACAGCCAACGAAUUUUUCGAGAUCAAUGCAAGAAAUGACGGGAUAUCAAAAACACCAAAAACGUUUAAAGUUUCUCGCAUGAAGUAUAAUCAAUGUGAAUUAUACAGUCCUGAAGGUCAACGUUACUUCUUUGUGGAUUUUAAUAAAUGGACAAUAUCUGUUACAAUAUCCACAAUAUCCAUGGAAACUAAUGAAGAUGAAUCUGCAGAUGUUGAUGUAAUAGAUAUCAAAUAUUCUAAAAUAUCAUCAUGGGAUUUUCAGAGCGAUCUUGACCAAAUCUUGAAGUUAUACCUUUCCGAGCCUUUGAAGAUUGAUGGUCAGAACCUUUCCACUGAUGAACAUGUUCUUAACAUGACAUUUGAUCCUGUUGAAGGCAGGAUAAAAGACAGUAUUGAGAAGAUAUUUACUAAUCAAAAAAUUAAACCAAAGACACAGCAACCAAAGGUGUCUGUUUCCAUAGGAAUUUUACAGCCGCAUUCUUCUUCGUUCAAUACUGCCGCUGCUUUUGAUACUUUGUCGAAAUCUUUAGAAGCCUCUAAGACACCUACGUCUAAUCGAAUUGAUAGACAUAUUAACAUACUAAAAGAUACUGAUUUUGAUGAAGAAGCCACUCUAGUGAAUGCUGAUGAACCCCAAAAUAAUACAAGUACAUUCAAUAAUAUUCUUACGAAAAGUCGCAGUCAAUUGCCAAAAAAUGUUACACCACCACCUUUACCAAUGUCGUCUUCGUCAAAUGAAGAUUCACCAUGUAACAACACAAAUUCUAUGGAUCGCAAGUCAAUAACGCAAUUAUUAGAGAAUAAUUAUAAUGUAAAUCAUAGAUAUGCUUUUCCACCGCCAAAACAGCGAACAAAGCCAUUGAACUUGUCUGCUUCAAAGAAAAAAAACAAGAUUAGUAAUAAUGCUGAUCUUGUGGAAAAAGGCAACGAAAUUGUUGUGAAUGAAACAAUAUUAGACAAAGAAUGUUCAAGUCCAAGUGCCAUAAGAAGUAACGAGAACGUUUCAACAAAUGUUAAUGAUGAGAUCAGAAGAUUGGCUGUAAAUAAUGUGCAAAAGCGAACAGAUCAAUCUAGAUAUGGUAAAGAUAGUCCAAAAAAUAUAGCAAAAAGACGAGUGGAAACUCGAAAUGAUACAAAGAUAUCAAAUGGAGCGGACCUUGAAAAAGAACGACACCAAUCAAACGUUGCGAAAAAUAAUAACGGCUCUUCAGUAAAAAACGACAAACUAUUUGGCUUACCACGUGAAAACGAAAACUUCAACUCUUUAGCUAAAACAAAUGUAACAAGAAAAAAUUUAUUUAAUAACGUUACUUUCAAAAACAAAAAUGAUACAGGGGAAAACCGUGAAGUAGGUCACGGAGGGAGCAAGCGAAAAACUCUGGAUUUAAAUAAUAAUGGACCAGAAGAUCGAAGUGACGAUCAAAGCAAUUCUAAUUAUCGAGUUAUAACAAAAAAAAGUGGAAAGAAAUUAGUUGUGGUCGAUGAUGACGAAAGCCAAAUAAUGAGUGAAGAAGAAUUUUGGAAUCCAAAGCAAAAAAACAACUAUGAUUCCUCCAGUGAUAUUGAAUGUAUAGAUAUGACUGAUGUACAACGUCCAAAGUCAAAAUAUAAAAAGAAAUCCGACGACAAAGGUGAAAAUAGGCAUGUUGCUUUUAUAAAACGGUUACAAGCAUUUACAAAUUAUUUGGGUGCAGAUGAAGAUAAAGAUGAAGAAACUUCGAUGCAGGAUGAUUUAUACAUUAUUAAUUCACGUGAUAGUUCAUCUACUAUUAAUGAUAACGACGCGAUACAAAGAAAAACCGACGAGGUUGAGAAAAUAAAAUUUACAGAUGAUCAAUUGGACGAGGAAAUCAGAAGUUUAUUACAACUUAUUGGAGAGGCAAUAUUUAAACAAUUUCAACGACAAGACUCUACAUUAUUUCAAACUUCUGAAAAUGCUAUAAUUCAAAGCGAGACAAAUUUGAGUCAAAAUUUGGAGAAACAGUUUGAACGCAAGAACAAUUACACAUUAAUUGCAUCGGAAUCUCAACAGAUGAUGAACAAAUUGAAAGAAGGAAGAAAUGACCUAGAAACUAUGGAACGGACCUUGAUUGAUAUGGAAGCAAUGGAUUUGGACUUUGGAAUAAAUAUCGAAUUAAAAGUCCUCCGGGAAUGGGAUUAUAUGGGAUUAAAUCUGCUAACCGCUAGUAAACCAAUCAAAAGGACUUUCCAUCAUGCUGCUGUUACCAGAAAUAUGGUUGAGAAAAAGGCUAAGGCCUUAGAACAAACUAAUGAAUUUAAAGAUAUUUAUCUUGAUAUUGUUAAAAUGGAUAGAACAGAAGACGAUCAGGUUUUUGAUUAUAAGUUGUUAAAUGAAAAUCCAACAGAUAAAAAUGAUAAAAAUUCUGAAGUAAUUAAUGGUGAUAAUAUUGAGAAUAAAAUUUAUGAAGAAGUUAAGAGUGAUAACAAUAUUUGGGAAUAG